AACGAUUUUUCACUUUGGCGUCGUUGCUGUUGCGAGGUCUAUCUUGCGCGAGCGAAGAAGCGGAGUCUGCCAGAGUGCGCGCGCCGGUGCGGAGUGAAGUGCGGCGGUACUGUACAGCCGUAGGGACGAGCGAGAGAGAAUCGGGCGUCCUAAUUGCUAUGCUCUGUCGUCAGCUACCUUUUUCCCGCUGAUAAACGCUAGACGCUCGCCAUGGUCGGUUUCGUCGCUUGUGGGCCCAACGAGGCUCUGGUCGUGUCCGGGUGCUGCCAUGCCCACCCGCUGUUGGUUCCUGGGGGCAGGGUCUUCGUCUGGCCCAUAAUCCAGAGAGUGCAAAAAAUCAGCCUGAACACCAUGACGUUGACCAUUGAGAGCCCCAAGGUCUACACACAGCAGGGUGUUCCUAUAUCAGUCACAGGCAUAGCUCAGGUAAAGAUCCAAGGCCAAAAUGUGGAGAUGCUGCGAGCUGCAUGUGAGCAGUUUCUGGGAAAGAAAGAUGAAGAGGUGAUGCACAUUGCACGCGAGACCCUUGAGGGGCACCAGCGUGCCAUCAUGGGCACCAUGAGUGUUGAGGAGAUCUACAAAGACCGCAAGAAGUUCUCCAAGCAGGUGUUUGAGGUGGCCUCAUCCGACCUCGUCAACAUGGGCAUCACGGUGGUAUCCUACACCAUCAAGGACAUCAGCGAUGACGAGGGCUAUUUGAGGGCACUGGGUAUGGCCAGAACGGCAGAGGUCAAGCGAGACGCCCGCAUUGGAGAAGCCGAAGCACAGAGGGACUCUCAGAUCAAGGAAGCCCUGGCUGAGGAAGAGCGCAUGGCGUCACGCUAUCUCAAUGACACUGAGAUAGCCAAGGCUCAACGUGACUUUGAACUCAAGAAAGCAGCUUAUGACAUGGAGGUUAACACCAAGAAGGCAGACAGUGACCUGGCAUACAGCUUGCAAGCGGCCAAGACACGGCAGCGCAUCAAGGAGGAGCAAAUGCAGGUGCAGGUGAUUGAGCGUUCCCAAGAAAUCCAGGUGCAAGAGCAGGAGAUCAUGAGACGUGAGAAAGAGCUCGAGGCCACUGUGCGCCGACCUGCUGAGGCUGAGAAAUACAGACUCGAGAAGAUGGCGGAGGCCAACCGUAACCGCGUCAUUAUGGAGGCUGAAGCUGAAGCAGAGGCUAUCCGACUGAAGGGCGAGGCUGAGGCAUUUGCCAUUGAGAGCAAGGCACGGGCUGAAGCAGAGCAGCUCAUCAAGAAGGCGGAUGCAUUCCGAGAGUACAAGGAGGCUGCAAUCCUCGACAUGAUGCUGGACACACUGCCAAAGGUGGCAGCAGAGGUUGCAGCGCCCAUCUCCCAGUGCAAACGCAUAGUUAUGGUGUCCUCGGGUAAAGGCGAGGUUGGAGCUGGCAAGCUGACGGGCGAGGUGAUUGACAUCAUAGCCAAGACAACCAGCAUGGUUCACCAAUUGACAGGGGUCAAUGUGGGCUCGGUCUGUGGCAAGGACCGAAAUAUUUCGUCUGCAGCUGCAUGGAACACCAAGACUGCCCAAGCUGCCAUGUGAAGAGAUGCCACCAGCUUCAGCUGAAAGCUAUUGAAUACCGUUUUGCGCUGGCCAAUCCAACUCGUGCAGUUUGUGAUGUUAGCCUGUUAAGCCGUACCUUGAGGUUGCACACUUUGCCUGUUUCUGCUCGUUUUCUUGUGCACAUGCUUUGAGAGAUAGGUCACCUUUUCUUAACUGUUUUAUUUUAUAACUAUUUUUCCUUCUCAUUCCUGGAAGCUUGUGUUCUGGCAUUGAAAAACCUAAUAAGUAAUUUGUGUGGCGAUAUCUUUCAUCUGUGAGACACUUAGGCAAGAUCUUACAAGGCAGAAUUUUUUGUGGUAGUCUGCAAAUAGUAAUUGUGAAUUUUGUGUUGACUUACGUUUAAAGGCUUAGCUAACUGGAUUGCUUCAGCUUAACUUAAACGAAUGGCUGCAUGUUAAUGUUUUAAGUGUCCAGUGACAGUGUCUUUUAGGAAAAAAGAAAAGUUUUACAGCUUUGCUAACUAUAUUAUUUACAACAAACAGUUUCAUCUGUUUAUUGUUUUGUUCUAUUUUUAUAGCUAUAAGUGAGUUUCAAAAGUUUUGCUUGCAAAUCCUUGCAUUAUUGCAGUGGAACUUUUUGAAGCCCUGUAUAUUAAAACUUAGCUGUUCACAGCUAAAUGUAGCUGCCAGUAAUGGUAGCACGCAUAAUCUAAAUGCAUGCUUGAAAAUUAAGGUCAUGUUCAGUGUCAUGAGCUGAAAGGCAACCUGCAUUGGCAUGUGUCAUGGUCUUAUUCCUUCAUUGCUAAAAACAAAAAACCUGUGGCUUAUCCUGCCUAGUCAUAUGUGCUUUGAAAUUUUUUAUUUAACGGUGUCAUCUUUUGUUCUUUUUGUAGUAAAGUGGUUUAGCCAUAAGCAUAUGCAAGUUGUAGCUUGUUGUCCGCAUGCUACAGCUUGAAUUGUAUAUAAUAUAGCAUGUCACCAGGUACAUGUUACUCGUGGUCCUGCAAGCAUGCAGUUUGUGUAAUAUUAAUACUGUACACCGCUGCUCUCUCAAAAAAAAAAAAAGAUUCUAUAUUUCUCCCUUUAUUUUGGUUAAGUCAUCCACCAAGCUUUCGUCCGUUUUGUAGCAUGUAGCAGAAGCUUGUGCAGUUCAUUCUUCAUGUGUAUUGUAGAGAUGUGUUCAAGGUGAUUCAGGCAAAUUUAAUGAAGUAGCUGAUGUAUCACCAAAGGGUCAAUAUUUUAGUCACAUUUUACUAAGAAAACCAUUAAAAUAAGAUUAAAAGCAGAGGUAUUGUUUCCUAAAAGCUAUUAAAAAUGAGAUAGCUCACCAGUCGGUAUACUUCCAAGUUCCUGAUGUGACCAAGUAAAGCUUUUCCUGCUUGUUCAUUCUUCGAGGUAUAAAUUGUUUUUAAUUCCAUUUUAUUACAUGCCGAUUGGAAGCUCCCACACCUGAGAGGCAACGUCACGAAGUCUGCUCACUGAAAUUCCUUUAACAACCACUCCACUCAUCGUUAUGUAUCUCGGGGUGUAGCGAUUUUAUAGCAUCUCCAUUGAGAGCAUUUCUGCUGGCCACUUGCUAUGUGCCGUUGGAAAGUGCACACAUUUCGAGGAUGUGUGAAAAAUUUGCCGAUUAAAUCUUCAUUGCAAGAAAAAGGCCAUAAUUGACUGUCCAACUUAUCUGUGGUUUGUGUUACGUUUAGAACAAUGCCUUUAAGAGUAUUUCAGUGUAUAAAACUUUCCUUCAUGUCCCCCUUUUUUUUCUUUCUUUUGUGAUAAAGGUUUUAUGUUGUGUUCAGUUUCUGUUCUUACUCUAAGAAUGUUAUGUCAAGUUUUAAUGUCAUUAAAAGGUGACCUUUCAUUCUGUAUGAAAGGUGUGUGUGUGUUGCAUUUUCAUGCAUGCUAAUUGCGCCAUAUGCAUUUGCACUGUGGUUGAUGUGAAGUGUUUGCUCUGCCACAUGUAUAGGAUGGUAAGCGUCCUCUUCAUCUCCUGCCAGUGGAUUGUGUUCCAAUGACAUGCAAACACACUGGUAACAAGUUUCUAGAAUCAUUUCAGCCUGUGUUAAGAACUAGCUCUGCAAUGUUGUUCUUUCACCUGGCACAUUCUAGUGCUGAAUGCCAGUACUUUAAAAAAAAAACUGUUCACAUGCUUGCGUGUCCCCAGUGAUGCAUUGUGGGGAAAGUUGACACAUAUUUUAGUAUAUGGCAGCUUCAGUGUAACAGCAAAUAAGCAAUCUUCUUUACACAUUCUUCUGUGUAGCACUGAAACUAUUAUGCCCUGCAAUAGUUCCAGUGGCUAGCUACUGCCAAAAUCAAUCUGCUGGUAUCUAAGAUGGUAGAUUUGGUUUUCGGUUUUAGAAUGUGCCAAGUUUCAGAAGCAUUGCAAUCUGAAUCUUUUUGAGUGCACAUUUAGGAUUGAGGUUGGAACAGACAUUACAAAUAUUGCAUGCCUUGUAGCAUGUUGCACUGGUCUUGCUGCAGGCUUGAAAUUAAUUAAAGCUGCAGUGAAAGAGAAAGAUUGUGACUCUUUCAUCCUUGGUAUACCAAACUGCUGCAACAGCUUAGCGUUAGCAGCACAUGUACAGCUUCAGACACAUUUUGCCUGCUCAAUUUUAUGGGUGCCAUCCAGUGUUCUAAGAUGGUGUAUUUAAUGCAAAAAUCUUCUGCCACCCACUUUUCAAGAGUAGUGACAGCAGUUUGCUGUACGUAUACAAUUCACAGCUCCUUGAAGACAGCCUAGUGAAGCCAACUCUUUACAGCAUCUACAAAAUUUAUAAGCUAACAUGUUUUCAGUCAAGUCCAAGUGCUAUGUAAAACUGAUCUGACAUUGCAACUUGGCUUGCCACAAAUUUUUCUUGGCACCCUGUAUCGCUACAGUGACACUUCUGAGAUGCCACAUUCUUCAGUCAGUGAACUGUGCACAUCUUGUGUUGUACAUUCUGCAUCAUUAAAGGAAAAGGCCUUUUAGUCCAGUGCGUUCACUGGGAAAUGUCCUCACAAGGACUAAACCUAGCAGAUUUGUAACUUGCAGUUCCGCGCUAUUUUUCUAGCCUUUCAGUUGAAUUUUCUUAGCUGUGCAUAAAUGUAGCCAACACUAGUACUUGUUUCAUAGCACACUUACCACUCUACAAAUAAUCAUCCUUGCCAUGAAACCUUUGUGCAGCCACUGUAUGCAAUGUUUAAAUAAAGGUUCCAUUCAUGUUAUCCGAAAUUUGACUACUACAUGCCUGUGCUAUGCUGCAUUAUGUUAUGCUUAACAAUUAUGUUCAAACUUGGUUUUGACUGACGUCUGCGCAGACCUGAAGAGUUAUUACAUGUGCAUAUAAAUGUUCACACUUCUACUAUGAAGUCUUUCGUUGCUUUGAAAGCUUUUAAAAAUUGAGACCCUGCAUCUGUAUGGCAGAUGCCGAUAUGACAGUGAUAGUCUAAAAGAUGUGGGCUGCGCUUGUAAGAGUUCUGAAUUGUCUAGCUGGAAAUGUUGUCACGUGCUAAUCUGGGGUGAGUGGGUAUAGCAAAGUCAGUGGCAACAACUGCAGUUUCACCUUUGUGUGUGCUUCUGUUAGCAGCUGGGUGGUAGGAUUUAGCAUCACUGGAGGUAACCAGUAGUAGCUAAACAAUCUGCACUCCGUGCCACAGAAUGGGAAACAUUUUCCUGAUAUGAUGCCUGUAAAGCUAUCAGUACCGCAUUCAUCCAGUUUACUCCCAGUAUUCAUCAGGUCUUCGUGAUUAAUGCAAGAAAUAACUUGAUAGCCAGUUUUUUAGAGUAAGCAAAUCGCUAGGUGUGUACACCCAAAUUUGAGUAAUGCAAAAAUGGGCAAACAUUUGUUGUGCAUGAACUGAGCAGCUCCGUCAGUGCUGGAAUUUUCAUGGCCUGCAGCAUGACGCUUGCAGGCCAUGAUACUUUCAUGGUGUGCUGGUACUUCACAAUGUUUCAUGGAGUAUGCUUCGUGUAUAAAAAAAGCUAUUUUAGCAUCUGGAGCCAAACUGGAAAAAGCCAAGUGUAAUGCUAUAAAAAGCAUACACAAAAACAAUGAAAAAUUAAAAUGUCUGAACUUGUCUGGGUGUUUAGAACAGUGAAUACAGGUACCCAAAAACAUGUGCUGAUGUACCCUAUAGUAGUGGAAAUUCGAGCAUUCAGUGUAGUAUGGACUUGCUUGUUUGUUCAAAGCUACAACAAAAAUAUGUCUAAGUCCAGUCAACUGUCGGCUACCCAGCUGUAAGAGUAGGUGCAUCAAAUUCCUUUUGCAAUUUCUAAAACAGCAUUCCAUGGGUAUGCUGGGAUAAUAAUAAAGAUUCCUGUGCAAAUUGGUUAAAAAUAACCAGUGAGGUUACGCUCUGAAACUUGUGCAAGCGGCAUGCCUGUUGUGCAUGCUUAAAACUAGUUUCAUGGAGAAUUAGGCUGAGAACACUUGUUCAGCACUUGAAAACAUUUGUGGGGAAGAAUGCUGUGUUAUUGCUAGAACCCAAUUAACGGGGCGUGAUUUGCUCUAUGAAGCACACCUAAGGGGAUCUUUGAGUGGUACAAGAUUGUUUACCACUGCCAUUGCUACUUAAGCUGUACAGACUAGUACAUCACAAAAUGUACACUAUGUAUGUGAUUAAUGCAGACUGAUGCUAUGAACUAAUGCCAGGGGAUCCGGUGGAUGGGCUUAACAGCUCAAAAUUUCGGUAAGGCUUUGUAGUAAAGGAGUAGCAGUAAGCAUAAUGUGCAAGCCUGGUGCACUCAUAUUGGUUGUUCAUCUUCAGGGAUAAUUUUGGGGGAUUUGGCUAGUACUGAACGCAUCGGUGUCUGUGGAUGACAGCAUUCCUGACACUAUGCUGAGGCACUAUGUGUGGCACUGCGUCAGGAAUGCUGUAGUCAUAGAUGCCAAUGCAUCCGGUGCUAGUCAUGAGAAAUCUUGUGAAAGUAUCCCCAAAAGUGAACGACCAAAAAUACUGCCCCUGUUUUGCACACUGGUGUACUUAGAUCUAGCACUGAUUGCUCACUUUGCCUAACUUCAUCCAAGAUGGACUAGUGUUCAGUUUAUGCCUACAAAGGUGCUCUUUAACCCCUUCAGGUUCUACAUGCACAAUUGUGCAUGCAUAAGUGGUCACUCAAAAUUAGAAGGGCUGAUUCAAAUUAUAUUUAAUAUAUAUUACAAACACCUUGAAGCACUUCUGAUUGGGCUUGUGCUGCAAGUUUUAAAAAUAAGUGAAAAGCGCUUUAGUAAAAUGAGUUGGAAGGUAGACUGCUGGAUGUUUUUCCUUGCAUGCCAGUUUGUCUUCAUGUAGUGGGUUUGCUUCUUUGUUUUCAGUGUUUUGCAUCGGGCAUAUUUUCAAGCGUCGGGACAGGUGCUGCCCAAGUAUACUAGACUUGAAAUAGCCGAGAUUCUAAUAUUUGAUGUUCCUAUAGACUUCUCACAUUCUGUGAACUUAAGAAAACGCUCCGAAUAAUUAAAAAUUCCACAUUUGUUCUGCAGCUGUAUAGUUUUCACGAUUCUGAAGGUACAAGAACUGUGAUGGAACUAAAUUUUCAGUGGACAAUUCAUUGGUGCCUGAAGGGGUUAAUCUGAUUGAAAAAAAAAGGCACAUGUCCUCCUGCACGGCUUUUCUAACUUGCACAGAGGUUUUUACAUUGAGCAGCAACCUCGUAACAUGUCAAAGUAGUUGGCAGCCCUGUGGCAACACGGAAGCAUGCCAAAUCCGUUUCAGCUGCCAGUGAUGAGGUUUUGAAUGCUCGGAACUACUGUGAAGGAAAAAGUGUUUAUUGCUAGAAGUAUUAUGCAGUGUGUUCAUGUGCAUUCAGCCUGCAUUUUUCACUUGUAGCUGUCCGGCAGCACUUAUGUCUGCCGUGAGUGUGCUCUGCUUUUGAAGCAGAAAAAAGUCCAUCCUUCUGGAAAAAAAAAUGGUAGAAGAUAGUCUCACUACCAUUGGUAAACUUGUUGACUAUCUUGUCUCCUGUCCCCUUUAUUGAUAAAAUGGGGGAGGGGGGGAAGUAUUUUUAUGCUGUUCCAGUUUUGUCAGAUGUGCCCUUUUCUUUGUAUGGGUUGGUUGUUGCAUGUUUGCAGCCAGUCUAUUACGGUGCAAACACUGGUAACGUCCAGAUGUUAGCUUAUGCAUAUGGUAGUUAUUUUAUGUGCAUUGUAGCAAUAGCCUUUAGUCUAGUGUGCUGUGGAUUGGCAUCUUGGUUUUAUUUUGUCAGCUGGUGCUGUAUGUCUUGUGAGGAAUAAAAAUAUUUACAAAGAC